AUGGCGGAGGCUGCCUCGGCGGAGCCGGAGCCUUUGCGGCUGAAGCGUCUCCGCGGCGGCUUCUUCGCGGUGCCUCCGGAGCACAGGCUGGGAAGAUGCCGGAGCGUGAAGGAGUUUGAGAAGCUCAAUCGGAUCGGAGAAGGGACCUACGGCAUUGUGUACCGUGCUCGGGACACCCUGACGGAUGAGAUUGUGGCACUGAAGAAAGUGCGGAUGGACAAAGAGAAAGAUGGAAUCCCCAUCAGCAGCCUGCGGGAGAUCACCCUGCUGCUGAAGCUGCAGCACCCCAACAUUGUGGAGCUGAAGGAGGUGGUGGUGGGGAAUCAUCUCGAGAGCAUUUUCCUGGUGAUGGGCUACUGCGAGCAGGACCUGGCCAGCCUCCUGGAGAACAUGCAGGUUCCCUUCUCUGAAGCCCAGGUGAAGUGCAUCAUCCUCCAGGUUCUCAAAGGCCUUCAAUACCUGCACGACAACUUCAUCAUCCACAGGGACCUGAAAGUGUCCAACUUGCUUAUGACUGACAAAGGGUGUGUGAAGACAGCGGAUUUUGGCCUGGCUCGUGCUUACCAAGUGCCUCUGAAGCCCAUGACUCCCAAAGUAGUCACACUCUGGUACCGAGCCCCUGAACUGUUACUGGGAACAACAACGCAGACCACAGCCAUAGAUAUGUGGGCGGUGGGCUGCAUCCUGGCAGAGCUGCUGGCCCAUAAGCCCCUGCUGCCCGGGAGCUCUGAGAUCCAGCAGAUAGACAUGAUUGUGCAACUCCUGGGCACCCCGAACGAGACCAUCUGGCCAGGCUUCUCCAAGCUGCCCCUGGUGAGCCAGUACACGCUGCGCAAGCAGCCCUACAACAACCUGAAGCACAAGUUCCCGUGGCUGUCAGAAGCUGGUCUCCGCCUCCUCAAUUUCCUCUUCAUGUACGACCCCAAGAAAAGAGCCACGGCCGGCGACUGCCUGGAGAGCUCCUACUUCAAGGAGAAGCCGCUGCCCUGCGAGCCGGAGCUCAUGCCGACUUUCCCCCACCAUCGCAACAAGCGGGCUGCUCCGAGUGUGGGUACAGAGUGCCCAGGCAAACGCAGCCGGCCCUGA